AAAAGGAGGAUCUACGGAGGGGGGGGACAUAAAAAAAUCCUCUCUCUUCUGCUGCCUCUUUUCGUUGUAUCCUACAGGCAGCAAGGAGCAGAGAGGAGUGAGGAGGAUCCUGCUGGCAUUUUUUUCCCUGUGCUGCUUCCCUGCAAUUUGCGGCUCUAUCAUAGUGCGUGGAGCGCAGGGAGAGCCGCUGAGAGCUCGAGCGGUGACAUCGCUCCGCAGAAGAAGAAGAGUACCGAAGAUCAGCCAGGAUGCUUAACAACCUGACAGACACAGAAGAGGGGGACGGGGGAGCGCAAAGCCAGGGUGACAGUAACCCCAAGGAGAGCAGCCCCUUCAUUAACAGCAGUGAUGCUGCCGCAGAAAAGAGCCAGCAGUACGAUGGGAAGAACAUGGCCUUGUUUGAGGAGGAAAUGGACACCAGGCCCAUGGUGUCCUCUCUUCUUAGCAGCCUGGCCAACUACUCCAACCUGCCUCAAGGUAGCAAGGAACACGAGGAGGCUGAGAACAAUGAGGCCGAGUCGGCACGCAAGAAACCUGUCAAGGCCCCCCAGCUUGGCACGUUGAUGGGUGUUUAUAUGCCAUGCAUCCAGAACAUCUUCGGAGUGAUCCUGUUCCUCAGGAUGACCUGGUUGGUGGGAAUUGGAGGCGUCAUUGGGACCUUCAUCAUCGUCUUCAUGUGCUGUGCCACAACCAUGCUGACUGCCAUCUCGAUGAGCGCCAUCGCUACCAAUGGAGUCGUGCCAGCCGGCGGCUCCUACUACAUGAUAUCCCGUUCUCUGGGCCCUGAGUUUGGGGGAGCUGUGGGAAUUUGUUUCUACCUGGGAACCACCUACGCUGGAGCCAUGUACAUUUUAGGAGCCAUCGAGCUUCUCCUGAUUUACAUCGUCCCCAAAGCCGCCAUCUUUCCACUUGAGGGUCUAGAGGGUCCUGAGGCGGAGGCUGCUCUGCUGAACAACAUGCGUGUGUACGGGACCAUCCUGUUGACCUCCAUGGCCACGGUGGUGUUUGUUGGCGUAAAGUACGUCAACAAGCUGGCUCUGGUGUUUCUGGCCUGCGUCAUCCUCUCUAUCCUGGCCGUUUAUGCCGGAGUCAUCAAGACCGCCGUCGAACCCCCUGUUUUCCCAGUGUGUAUCUUAGGAAACCGCACUUUGGUGUGGAAGAACUUCGAUAUUUGUGCCAAGACCAUAGAGACAGCUAACGGGACAGUCACCACCCAGCUGUGGCGCAUGUUCUGUGAUUCACCUUUCCUCAACGCAACCUGUGACAAUUACUUCACUGCCAACAACGUGACGCAAAUCCAGGGAAUUCCUGGGAUCACCAGUGGAGUCUUGAGUGAAAACUUGUUUGGGACCUACUAUGAGAAAGGGGAUCUGGUUUCUAAAGCUUACUUGGAGUCGAUCGAAGAGAGUGAUGACCCUCUGACCAGUGCUAACCGCUACGUGUUAGCAGACAUCACCAGCUUUUUUACGCUGCUUGUUGGCAUCUACUUCCCAUCCGUGACAGGAAUCAUGGCCGGAUCCAACCGCUCCGGAGAUCUGCGUGAUGCCCAGAAGUCAAUUCCUAUUGGAACCAUCGCAGCCAUCACCACCACCUCCACUGUCUACAUGUCGAGUGUGUUCCUGUUUGGUGCCUGCAUCGAGGGCGUGGUCCUCAGGGACAAGUUUGGAGAGGGGGUUCAUGGGAACUUGGUGAUCGGCACGUUAGCGUGGCCAUCACCGUGGGUGAUUGUGAUUGGCUCGUUCUUCUCCACCUGUGGAGCGGGUCUCCAGAGUCUGACAGGAGCUCCCCGCCUCCUGCAGGCCAUCGCCAAGGAUGGCAUCGUGCCCGCCCUCCGGAUCUUCGGCCAUGGGAAGGCCAAUGGAGAACCCACAUGGUCUCUCCUGCUGACAGCUUGUAUAUGUGAGAGCGGCAUCCUCAUUGCGUCUCUGGAUUCUGUGGCUCCUAUCCUCUCCAUGUUCUUCCUAAUGUGCUACAUGUUUGUGAAUCUGGCCUGUGCUGUCCAGACACUGCUGAGGACUCCAAACUGGAGACCCCGCUUCAAGUUCUAUCACUGGACUCUGUCCUUCCUGGGGAUGAGCUUGUGUCUCACUCUUAUGUUCCUCUGCUCUUGGUACUAUGCCAUUGUCGCCAUGGUGAUUGCCGGCUCCAUCUACAAGUAUAUCGAGUUUGCAGGAGCGGAGAAAGAAUGGGGCGAUGGGAUACGUGGUCUGUCUCUGAGCGCUGCGCGUUACGCUCUAAUGCGGCUGGAGGAAGGACCCCCUCACACCAAGAACUGGAGGCCGCAGCUGCUGGUGCUGGUCAGCACAGAUGCAGAGCAAAAUGUGGAGCAGCCUCGUCUUCUGUCUCUGACCAACCAGCUGAAGGCCGGCAAAGGUCUAACUAUCGUCGGGACCGCUCUAGCAGGCACCUACCUGGCAAACCACGAGCAUGCUCAGCGUGCCGAGCAGGCACUGCGUAAAUUGAUGGAGACUGAGAAGGUGAAAGGCUUCUGUCAAGUGACUGUGUCGUCAAACCUGCACGAUGCUACGUCUCACCUGCUCCAAGCCAGUGGGCUGGGAGGCCUGAAACAUAACGCUGUACUGGUGUCGUGGCCACGCAACUGGAAGCAAGCGGACGACCAUCAAAUAUGGAGGAAUUUCAUUGAGUUGGUCAGAGAAACCACCAUAGCUCGCCUCGCUCUGCUUGUACCGAAGAACAUCGCAGCCUUCCCAUCCAACGGAGAGCGCUUCACAGAGGGUCACAUCGACGUGUGGUGGAUCGUUCAUGAUGGAGGCAUGCUGAUGCUGCUGCCCUUCCUUCUCCGCCAGCACAAGGUCUGGAGGAAAUGCAAGAUGCGCAUCUUCACUGUAGCCCAGAUGGACGACAACAGCAUCCAGAUGAAGAAGGACCUGACCACAUUCUUGUAUCAUCUUCGCAUUGAUGCCAUGGUGGAAGUUGUAGAAAUGCAUGACAGUGAUAUCUCAGCCUACACGUACGAGAAGACGCUGGUGAUGGAACAGCGGUCGCAGAUGCUCAAACAGAUCAACCUGACCAAGACCGAAAGAGAAAGAGAGAUCCAGAGCAUCACCGAUUCAUCCCGCGGAUCGAUUCGCCGUAAGAACCCGGCGGCUGUGACGACCCAGCUGAGUGUUACCGAGGAGCCGCCUGCCGCCAGCAAGGAGGAGAAGCCUGAAGAGGAGUCAAAGUCGGCCUCUUCCCCUGUGUCCCCCCCUGCUCAGGUCCAGCUCAUCCACGACAACACCACCCCAGCAAGCCCUGCGACCCCAUCCACCCUGCUGACCCCUGGAGAGGAGGCUCAGAGCCCCGGGGAGCAGAUCCAAAGGACCUGGACUGAGAAGUGUGACGGCGAGACAGCCAAACCUCCUGGAGCAACCACACCAGAGGACAUUAAAGACAUCUUCAACAUGAAGCCUGAGUGGGAAAACCUGAACCAGUCCAACGUGCGGCGUAUGCACACAGCGCUCCGGCUCAAUGAAGUCAUUCUUAAAAAGUCUUCAGAGGCCAAACUAGUCCUCCUCAACAUGCCGGGGGCACCCAGGAACCGGACAGGUGACGAGAACUAUAUGGAGUUCCUCGAGGUUCUCACCGAGGGCCUCAAUCGUGUCCUCCUGGUCCGUGGAGGUGGCCGCGAGGUUAUCACCAUUUACUCCUGAAAAAGCAGCCUCCCCCUCCCUCCCUUCCCACUACAACCCACCCCCUUAGACCUGUUCCUCCAUCAUCUGUACUCUCACCCCUCCAUCGUCGCUGCUUCAUCUUCAGGUCGCGUAGAUUUCUGCGAGAUUUCCUUUUCACACCCAACCAGUUCAGCUUUAGCACCUCUCCACCCGCAGCAGCCGGAUGAAACCAAAACCUUCUUCACCGUAGUCCAGUAAUCUGCUUAGACUACUGCAAACUCACACGUUAUGUCGAGAUUGAGAGAUUACCUUUUUUUUUCUUUGUAAUCAGUCUGUGGGUUCUUCGCCGACGUGUGAGAACACACGCACGUUUGUGUCCGUCUUUGUUUCGACUUCUGCAUUUUUAUUUAUUUUUCCACACAAGUAGAUCUGGCGUCUGCGCCACACAUCUGAGAGCUGUCUGAAACGAGCUCAGCGUAGGACCGGCUCUUCAGCUCCCUCGUGGCGAUCGGACAAUUUUCACCCCUUAUCGUUCUGAUGUUCAUGACAAAAGCCUCUGCAGCCCACAGUCCACCAGCUGGAGGAAAGACGAGGCUGCAGCUGUUAAGUAUGAACUAUGAAAAAAAAAACGUGGGUCAAACCGGCAGAAAUAUGAUCUUUAACCUGCUCACAACUUCUCUUGUUCUGUUACUCCCCAACCCCUCACCCAUCACACGCACACACUCGUUUCUGCUCAUUUCUUUAGUGGCUGUUCGUUUUUAUGGCCACUGUUAGUGCCAAAAAA